AAAAAAGAACCUGAUAGUAGUGUUGUGUUAUCAAUUACCAUGCUACCAUUUUUGAAGAUAAUAAAACCAAGCUGUGAUCCCAAUGUCAAUUGGACUUAUGUUGGUUCAAAUGUUGGAUAUUAUGCUGUGAAACCAAUCAAGCAAGGAGAACUGAUACUUGGGAGUGCUACUGGUUCAUAUCAUAUGUCUUCAAAAAUGGACCGAUAUACACGAUUAGGACGCUCUACUGAUGAUCCUCAACCAUGUAAAUGUAAAGCAUGUGUUGAAGAUUGGCCAACUAUGGAACAUCUUCCUUCCUACAAGAGGAUUGCACUUAUAUUGCCAACAAGAAUCCAGAGAGACUUGAAUUGUAUGACGAUAAAAUUAAAAGAGUGGCAAAAUCUCAUCGACCAGGGAGAUCUCAAAAAAUUGUUAUCAAUUAAGGAUGAGUUGAGUAGCAAGAAUGACAUGAUUCAUCAAUACAUCACUGUUCCUUGUAAAGAAAUAUCACAAUUGUAUUCGUCACUUAAAACGUUGUACAAUCGACUACAUUGUGUUCAUGAUAUUUACGACUAAUUAUUUUUCAUCAAAAAAAAAAUAGAAAGCCACACUUUAUCUUAUAUAUUUUUUGAUAAAUCGAUUAUUAUUUUCAACCAAAAAAAUAAAAAAUUCGAAUAUUAUUAGUCAAGUUUUCACGUGAAAAAAAAAAAAAAACUUUUCAUCAUUUGAGUUGGAUGAUUAAAAGUAUCAAAAGUAUCAGAAGGUAUGGUUAAAUUUAAGAUUUAUGAAUUUAAUUAAUUUAAAAGGUUUUUGGAAUGUUUGAAAAUUUUUUUGUUUAAAUUCAAGGGAUUUAUUGUGUUUCUGUUGAGUUUAAAAUUGAUGAUUUUUCAAUUGGUAUUUAAAAAAAAAAAAAAUAAUUAAAAGUUGUUUUAUUUUUUUUCUUUUCUUUUUCUAUUAUUCAAGAUUGCAUGAAUUAAAGCAGAUAAUUUUUUUGUCUUUUUAUAAUCACAUAUUGAACUUACCAUUGGUUUUUAAAUAUUUUGUUAUAUUAUAAAAUUUAGUUUGAUAAUUUAUCUAUUAUUUAUUAAAUAAAUUGUUGAUAUUUUCAGUUAUUAUUUAUAUGAAAAAAUGAAUGUAAAAUUAAACAUUAAAAGUUAUUAAAAUUAAUUUCAUGUUCAUUUUUUCAUGAUUAAAUUUUAAAGCACAAAUUAAAAAUACAUUUUAAUUUUUAAUCCAACUGAAAAUACAUAGUAAAAAAAAUUUUUUGUUUAAACCACAAAUUGAUAAUAAAUGUAAUCCUAAUGCUUGUCAUUGAUAAUAUUUUUUUUUAUUUUCUGCUUUGAAUAAUAAAAAUUUCAAAUAAC